UACCCACAAACCCUAAAUCUUUUACAAAAACCUAGCCGCCACCUAAUGACCUGCUAUCUCCGGCCGUCCGCCUAUGUCCGCCGGAGUUUCUGUUAGGUUGGUUCUAAUAUUUUCUUCUUUUAGCUAAUUAGCUUCGUCCUAAUCUUUUCUUCGUUCCAUGGAGUAAGAUGCUUAUUUUUAUGAUAAAAGGUCUUAGUAAUACUACUUUUAUAUAAUAGAGGGUGACGUUGAGAUAUUCUGGAAAAAACAUUUUUCUUUCACAAACUUUUGUCGUUUCUAUAAAUACGGCGUCCGCGAACUCGCCACGCUCCACAAUAUGUCUCCAGUUAAUAAAGAUUCACGGCAGCCACUUGCGGAUGGAUCGACCGCCACCAGAAUCUAUAAAACCACCCGAUUAAUCGAACGGACACCGAAACAUAACAUUGCAUGGCUAAUCGUCGACCUCCCAACUCCUCCGGUUUCCAGCAGCCCCGAAAUGAUACCUCCGGUCGCCACCCUGUUUACCGUGGUAUCCGUUUGCGAGCUGGAAAAUGGGUUUCUGAAAUUCGUGAACCGAACCAGACCAAGCGCAUAUGGCUUGGCACAUAUGCCACACCGGAAAUGGCAGCCGCUGCUUAUGACGUGGCUGCAUUGGCACUCAAAGGUAGGAAUGUACUUCUAAACUUUCCAGACUCUGUUAUUUCAAGUACACUUCCGGAGCGUCCAACUGCUGAUGACAUCCGUGCAGCAGCUGCCAGAGCAGCUGCCGCUCGAGCACCGGGGUAUGGUUAUGAAACUGGUGGUGGAAGCGUUACAAAUACAGUCCCUCCUGGUGCAUAUAUGGACGAUGAACAUGAACCCAAUCUGUGGUCUGACAUGGCAGAGGGAAUGCUGCUAAGUCCACCCAGGAUGGAUUCCAGUCCACCGGAUGAUGGAACAGAUCAUUCCGGUGGAAGCAAUCUAUGGAAUUACUAAAACCAAGCUUGCUAACAACCGGUAUAUACAUGAAAUAUGAAUCGCUAAAUGUUUCUCAGACUUUAUUUUAUGUUGUUUAAUUUUCGUGUGUUUUUUUUUUUCUUAAUUCCAAAAGCUUCGGUUGGCAAAAAAAAGGCCACGAAGGCGUCGGAGUAUUCUGGGUUAGUGUAACGCACCAGUGAUAUGUAAGCGUUGUUUUUAACUUGUAAACAAAUAACCUAUACGGCCUGCCUACAGGUUGUGACUUUUAUAUUAUAAUAAAAAUAAAUACCGGUUGAUUUGAA